AAAUGCAAAUAAUUUGUGAACACACUUCUGUUCAAACGGAUUUAUAAGCAACGUAACCUAAACGUGAUGCACGUCACAUUGGCCAACUCUUCACACGUGUGUCGUCACCCUGUCUGCCCCACGUUCGUGCGCAGCAUGAUGUGUUAGAACUUGCCUGAAAUGCUGAAAUGCGAGGGCAGCAGGACCACCUGCAGAGGAUACCGUGUUUCCCGGUGCGUGGACGGGAAUAGGGACAGGAUCGAACGCGUCGCGUGCCUGGGGGAAAUCCCAGGCGUGAGGCCGAUCGUUGGUUCGCAGCCUUGUUUUUGUCCCACCGUGGCCCCGCCCCCCGCCGGAACAGGCCCCGCCCCCACGCGCACUUUAGCCGCGCGGAACUUGCCCGUAGGCGCAGUUUGGCGCUUUGAGCCAGAGGUCCCGCUGACCUUGUGGGUUGCUUUUCGCCCUCGCCUUUCUGGUGGGACUUUUUUUUUUUUUUUUCCCCUUCUUCUUCUUCUUCUUGAGUUCUUUUCCUUUCCCCCGUGGCCAGCUGGCGCCUACUUAGUUUCUCGCUUUGCUCGUGGUAGCUGACCGGCUUUGAUUAUGCCUCCUUCGUUCAACCAAAAUGGACAGUAAAUUAAACUAAGUUUAUUUUUCGUAGAAAUGCGAAAUUUAAUAGCAGUUUCACUGGUGUGUUUUCAAUUUUUUUUUAUGGAGCGUUUUCUGUUUUUUUUCUUAACUUAAGAUGUACCCGUCGCUUUGUCUGUAAAUGCGGUUUGUGUCCUUUCGCAAAACAGAUGAAAGUAUGUGAUCGAGAAACACACUGGCAGUGGAAUGCCGAAAGCAGCUGAUGAGCAGUAAGACACACACACACACACACACUGCAAUCUCCCAGAUGACCGUAAAACAUCUCCCCCCCGCGAACGCGAAGCAGGAAGAAAACAACGCAGUAAAAGUUGCUUCUCGCUCGAAAGCGCCGCGCGGCUCCGCCUCUUUCUUUCCUUUUUUUUUUUCUUCCCUCCCCCCCCUAUUAACCGCGAUCCGUCCUGGACGCGCAGCCUUCGCGUCGGGACGGUGCGCGCGAACCUCUCUGUGUGCGGACAGCAUGACGGGCUCGCGCUCCGUGCAGUGUCUCGCGCUGCUGCUGCUCACGGCUGUGCUCCUGCAGACGGUCGCGGUCGCCGUGACCUUUAUAUAUUUCAACAGCGUUUUGACCACGAUGAAGGAGACCUUCUCCCGCAGCAGCAUCGCGUGUCUGAUGCGCUCCAACUUGAGGACAGUCAAGGGUCUGGAUGGGAGCGUGCAGGACGCGCAGGACACGCAGGACGGGAAGGACGACCCCUGCUGGCAGGUCACGCAGCAGUUGCACUUCCUCGUCGAGAAGACGACGUCCACUCGCCACAAGAAGGAAAUAACUUCUGCAGUAAAAGAUACACUACUUACAGAUGAAGUCGCUCGGGUUCUGCCAUCCUUGGCGAGGGAUCGGGAUCCUCCGAGUCGUCCUGAAAUUGCAGCUCACGUUACGGGCACUUCCAUGACUGAAACGGACCACGUGGAAGAGAGCCUGUCUGCAAGGAAGGUCCCGGGCCAGAAGAUCCUGUCUUGGGAGAAAGAGAGGGGUCUGGCCUUCCUCCGGAAUGUGCAGAUGAGCGAUGGUGAGCUGGAGGUGCCCAAAGCUGGCCUCUACUACAUCUACUCCCAGACCUACUUCAGGGUCUCAGGUGUGCUGGAGGAUGAUGAUGAUGGGGAUGAGGUUGAGGAUGUGGCUGAGAACCAGAACAGAGGCAAGCAGAUGCUGCAGUACAUCUACAAAAAGGUGACAUCGUACCCAGUGCCCAUCCUACUCAUGAAGAAUGCCCGGACCACGUGCUGGGCCCGCAACGCGGAGUACGGCCUCUACUCCAUCUACCAGGCCGGGGUGUUCCAGCUGGGCGCCGGUGACCGCAUUUUUGUGUCAGUCAGUGACGUGAGCACCCUGGGCAUGGAUGAGAAGUCCAGCUUCUUCGGUGCCUUCCUGCUCACCUAGCAGGAGGAUGAGGAUACGAGGGAUACGGGCUCACUGAUCUCUUCUUCCAGAACGCUGUGACAUACCUUGGGGGUGAGACAAAGUUGAGAAGCACGGUCACAGAGGUUAACGGUGAGCGGUGGAGGUUGCAGCAUCUUCAUUAAUCCCCUGUGGAAUAGCUUCCUGCUUCAGAUAAUACUUGUUUGUCACUCUGGAAAAUGACUUACGGGCAGAGCACCUGCGUUCAUAGAUUGGCCCCUGGAGUAAGCCCCCCCACCGGGAAGGGAAGGGCUCAAACGCUGCACCUGCACAGACUUUGGGCUGCCAGAACUCAGUGGCAGAAGCUACAGAACAUUUGAAAACAGAGAAUGAUUCAGUGCAGCAGUGGAUUUGAGUCCCUACCUUUGACUGUGCUUCAACGUGGAUCCAGAACGCUUUGCAGCAGCGCCGCUAUCCGUCCGCGUCCAACAGCCGACGUGUUCUUUAUACACUAACAAAACCUUAACAGUAUUAUCCUUGUCUCCUUUGCCUUCAGUCUUCAAGAAAAGUGCACCUGCUAGCACCUUUGGACAAGUUUGCUGCGGUGCCUCUGACUGCUGAGAUGUACCAUGAUUGGACAGUGCCACCCAGUGGAAAAACUGUCUAAAGGAAAACUGUUCUGUGUGGCACCACCUAGUCAGGAAGGAAAGUAAAGCACAGUAAAAAGCACAGUACAGCGGAGGCUGAGUAACAUCACAAGCUAAAGAGAAAAGACCACACACAUACAAGUGGGGCAGCUGGUAGUGUAGUGGUUAGGGUUGCUGCCUUUGGUUC